AUGACCAACAGCGCCUCGUUAGACAAGCUUCGGGUCGCCAUCAUAGGUGGCGGAAUCGCCGGCCUCGCUGCUGCUGCGUUCCUCCGGAAAAACGGCCAUUGCAAUAUCGUCGUCUAUGAGCGUCGUGAUGCAGGCUUCCAGGAGACUUCGGCGGGACUCGGCCUUGGAGCUAACGGCAUCUCCAUUGCCAAGCAGCUUGGAAUUGACCGGAAGGAGAUCCGCGGGGUGGUGGGCGCCGGGUACCGGACUUACAAUAUCCACGAGAAGGAGAUAAGCAAGUCUCGAAUUGGUGAUGGGCAGGAUGAAGAUGCUGGUAUGUGGCUUGUAUAUCGACAGGAUCUCAGGGACGCAUUGCUGCGGAGAGUCACCGGAGAUGGGGAUGGGGAGGCUAUCAAAGUAUUAUACGGCUGUCAUAUUGUGAACGUUGAUCCGGAGGCUGGUGUUGUUGAGUUUGAAGAUGGAACCUCCGUUGAAGUUGAUCUUAUCAUUGGUGCGGAUGGAAUUCGUUCCAAGGUCCGCGGAGCCGUCAUCCCGGCUUCGCAUCCAGAGCCUACCCCAUGCGGUCUUUCAAUGUAUCGAUUUGUCAUUCCAAUGGAUAUCGUCAUGGACACCGUCGCGACGCACGGAACCAUUCCAGCGAUGUACAACUACGACGACGGAACCUUCAUAGCACUUAUAGCUGCCGGAGAUAAAGGUAACCGCAAUGUAAUUAUGUAUCCCUGCCAGGGACAUAAGCUCAUGAACUGCGUCUGCGCGGUCCCGGACUCGAGUCUCAAAAGCCCAGAUAAGCUUCAAUACUCCUGGAACGCCAAGGGGAGUGUGCCAGAGCUAUUGGAGGAGAUCCAUGGCUUCCCCGAGUGGUUGAAACGACUCUUCAGUCGCACCCCGCAAGUUGCGCUAUUCCAAGUCCGGGACCAGGAGCCUCUGCCCACGUAUGUUAAGGGCCGAACCGUUUUGAUCGGUGAUGCGGCUCAUGCCAUGGUGCCUUACCAAGCCCAAGGUGUCAAUCAGGCUUUCGAGGACGCGGAGGGCCUCAACGUUCUAUUUGAAAACACCUCCGACCGUAACAGCGUUCCCGGCAUCUUGCAAAUCUGGGAUAGCAUCCGGCGGCCACGGGCAUCGGAGGUUCAGAUGGGCUCGCGGGCUUCCCAGGCUAAGAUUGCGACAAAGAGUGCAGGUGAUGCCAUUCUGUCGGUAAAGCCUUAUGUUGGUAUGAAAGAAGCUCUUGAACAGCUGGAGACGUAA